AUCCUCGAGUGGAAAGAACGGCGAAAUAAAAUGUGUGUGUGUGUGUGUGUGCUUGUGUAAUGUGGAGAGAAAACGAGAGAAUUUCUUGAUUAUCAUCAUCAAGUCAUCCGCCAUUACCAUCUCAAAAAAAAAAAUUAUAAUCAAACCAAACCAUCAUCACAUAACAUCUCUAUCGAUCCUUUGGCACCAACGCGUGUGUGUGUGUGUCUGUUUGUAUUGUAUUGUAUUGAUGUGUCCAAAACAUCCGACACCAAGAAUUUAUUUUAUAUGGACACCGUAUAAAUGAAUAAAAUAAAUGCAACAUCAACAAACAAUUAACAUCUAUAUUAAGAUCAUCAGAUUAAUUUAAAACAUCCAAAAAAAAAGGAUAGAAAACAAAAGAAGAUUGAAUGUAUUGAUCAAUGAAAAUAAUAACAUUAUCGUCAUUAUCAUCCAUCUAAUUCUUCCAUCUUUAAGAACAACUUAUAAAAGAUUCAAAUCUCCCCAGUAAAAAAAAAAGAAAAUAAAAAAGGAUCGAAAACAACAGCAUAUAAUUAAUAGGAAAAAAUAUUGCACACCGGGCAUACGACUAAACAACGACAACAACAACACGAUUUAAUAAUCGACGUUUACCAAAUCAUAAAUCCCAGAAAAAUCAACAAAAGUUUGUAAACAAUGGCUGAAGUUGAUAGUUCAAAUCAAUUGGAUAAUAAUUCAUCAUCAUUGAAUGAUUCACCACAAUCAUCGAAUGGUAUUGUUGCCGAUAAUAGUAAUGGUAAAAAUGGUGAUUCAAAUCAGGGUAAAAAAAUUAUCGCUACCAGAAUCACUGGAACAGUAAAAUGGUUCAAUGUAAAAAAUGGCUAUGGUUUUAUUUCACGUAAUGAUAAAGAAGGUGAAGAUGUUUUUGUACAUCAAUCGGCAAUUAAACGAAAUAAUCCAGGCAAAGCUGUUCGUAGUGUUGGUGAUGGUGAAACCGUUGAAUUCGAUAUUGUUGAAGGCGAAAAAGGAAAUGAAGCAGCCAAUGUUACCGGACCGAACGGUACACCGGUAAAAGGUUCACCAUUUGCAGCUGAUCGUAAAUUUUCACCACGUGGUCGAGGACGUGGCGGCUUUCGUCGUAGUGGAGGAUUCCGUCGUGGACCGCCACGUGAUGGACAAUUUAUUGAAGGAAAUGGUGGUGGUGGUGGUGGACGACCAUUUCGUGGUGGUCGAGGACGCCCAUACUUUCGUCGCCGUUUCUUCCGAGGUGGUUUCAACAAUCAACAACAAAUAAAUGAUGGACAACAAGAAGGAGGAAAUUUCGAACAAAAUCAAAACUCUGGAUUUGAAUCACGACGUGGACCUGGUGGUGGCGGUCGACCACGCCGAUACAUUCAACGUUUUUUCCGUCGUAGACCACGUCGUCCAAGGAUGGAUCAAGGCGGCGAAAGUGCCGGUGAAGAAAACAAAAAUGAUGGCCAACAAAAUCAAGAAGGUCAAUCGGAUGGUGACCAACAACAACAACAAGAUGGCCAACAACAAUCUGGAUUCCGACAUAAUGGUAAUCGACGUUUUGGUGAUGGUUUUAAUCGUCGUCGUGGAGGAUUCAGAAGCCGCGGUGGGCGUGGACGUGGUCGUGGAAAAUUUGGCCAACGAAACAACGGAGGCUGGGGAGACCAACAACAAUUGGGCAAUGAUGAUAAUCAAGAUAAUGGCGAUAAUGUUGGUGCCAAUAAUUCCGGUAACGGUAGCGAUGGUGCUGCCGGUGAAACAUCCAAUUAAACGAUUCAAAAUGGUGUGUAAACGUCCACAUCACCAUCAUUUAUUCAAUAUAAUAAAUGACAAUAAUACAACAACAAACAGCAAAAAUAAUAACAUCAAUAGUCGCCACCACCACCAACCAUCACCUAUUUUAACAUAUAAAAAGC